AUGGAAUGCUCUUAUGGUUUUCUUGGUGGUGUGGUGAAUCGGUACCAAAUGGAUCGUGAUGGAUAUAUUGUCGUCAACUUAUAUUGUAGUUCAACCAAACGAAAAGCAAUUGCAGAACGAAAGCAAAAAUAUGAAUCAGCUAAGAAGCUUGCCAAGUUCCUCAUAAAAAGAGAUACUUCAUGGGAGAUUACUUAUCAUAAAGCAGGCCCAAGUAAGCCUGUCCUCCACAAGUAUAGUGGUAAUUCUAAAAUAGAGAAGAAAGUUGCAGAAGGAAACCCAAUGAGUUUUCUUGGUCAAGAGGAAGGGGCAGCAAAAACUUCGGAAGGGGCAACAAAAUCUCCUUUGUUCUUUGCAACUAUUUCAGGUUGUGUACAGAUUGUUAAAGAAAUACUCGAUUUAUACCCCCAGGCAGUUGUGCAUAUUGAUGAUAAAGGGAGGAACAUAUUGCAUGUAGCAAUCAAGUACCGCCAAUUAGAUAUUUUUGAGCUUGUAAUGAAGAUGAAAUUGCCAAAGAAUUGGCUAGUAGGAAAGCUUGAUGAGGGAGGGAAUUCCAUGCUACAUACAGCUGGAAAAAGAAAUAAGGAUUAUGUGCCUGAGAAGAUGCAAGGCCCUGCACUUGAAUUACAAGAGGAGAUGCAUUGGUUUGAGCGUGUGAAGGAAGUUAUUCCACCCCAUUUCGUUGACCACCGCAACAAUCAAGGUCUCACGGCAGAGGCGCUAUUUAAUACAACAAACAAAGAGCUCCGACUGAAUGCCAAAGAAUGGAUAAAGCGGACUGCCGAAGGAUGUACCAUUGUGGCGGUUCUCAUUGCUACUGUUGCCUUCGCUGCAGCCUAUACAAUACCUGGAGGCUCAAAUGGUCAGACUGGUGUCCCAGUCCCCCUCAAUCAUCCUUUCUUUCUGGUUUUCACUGGGGGUGACAUACUAACAAUUUCAUCUGCUUUAACAUCAGUAGUUUUAUUUCUUGCAAUCACUGCAUCGCCAUUUCGAUUUGUGGACUUCAGCCAUUCUCUUACUAAUAAUUUAGCUAUCGGCUUAACUUUCUUGUUCGUCUCAGUCAGUAUGAUGAUGACAGCAUUUGCAGCAACAAUUACCCUCAUGAUUCACAAUGGGGAAGGGUGGACAAAAGUUAUCCUAUACACCACCUCUUUCAUUCCAGUUGGACUCUUUGCACUUUCAUAUUUCCCUCUCUGUCGAUCACUAUCAAAAACUUACAAGCACUUGCUCAAGAACGCAUGGGAGGUAGUUUCUCGUAGUCUUUAUUUUCCAGUGCUACCUAGGGAGAAUAAAGAGUCCAAUCGAACUUCAAAUUCCCUAAACCCUCAACGCACCUCGUCCGUUUGAGAGGACUAUAUAUGAUGUUAGGCUUUUGGAAUCACUUGUUGUCUAUUGGAAUUUCCUAUAUACGAAAGUGAAAUAACUUAAGAUACUAUAAUUCUCUUUUUGAUGGAUUGAACACUACCAAGAAACUAUGUAAUAAAUGUUUGUAUCU